ACCAUGACAUCCUCAUAUCCCUACACACCUACAACGCUCCGGACGACCGUGAAACCGCGUCCAUGGGUACCAUUCAAGCCUCAUGAAGGGCCCGUCAAAGUCCCAUCCCUACCCUUCAAACCCAGGUCCAAUAAGUUGCUCGGCAUUUACGAUAUCAGCACGCAUAUCAUACCUGCAGUUAAUCCCAGAGUCACUCCAAACAUUCCAGUUCCCGUGCCACCUCCUCGCUCUUCGAAAAGGCCCGAGAGGGAUAUCAAGAAACUAGGGCUUGAACUCAUGGAACAACAGGCCCAACAAGGAGAGGACGGCUAUUCUGGGGUCACGGACGAAAGGCUGUUGUGGAAUUGUGUCAACCGAUAUGUGAAAAAGGACAGGGAGGACAAAGUCAGAACGAAGGGGAUCACUUUAUUCCUGGUGCACGCAACGGGUUUUCCGAAAGAAAUAUGGGAGACCACCCUAUGCUAUCUACUGGCUGCCUGCAGUGUCAUAGACGAGAUAUGGUCAUGGGAGUCCGUGCAACAUGGCGACUCUGCUUUGUUAAACCGACAGAGUCUCAGUGGUAGCUUUGACUGGACUGACAACGCGAGAGACAUCGCAAACUUUCUCGUUAACUAUAUGCCAGAAGAGAUAGAAACAUCUCUCCCCACUCACCUUCAGCAACUUCCUGCAUCCAUCGGUGAAUCACGUCAAAAGAGUGGCUUCUCCUCCCGGACCUUGGUCGUAGUAGGACACUCGUUUGGAGGUUGCUCAGUGACGUUAACUGCGUUGCAUUUCCCUGCCUUGUUCUCCUCGAUGAUCCUCGUCGACGCGAUGAUUGAUACUUACCAAGGAUUUGCGUGGGAACACACGCAGUACUUGGUCGGGGCUUCUUUCAUAAGGCGUGAUCAAUGGCCAUCACGAGAGGACGCUCUGCGUUCCUUUAAAUCUUCACCCAUAUUCUCCGCUUGGCAUUCUGACGUUCUUCAGCUCUAUGUUGACUUCGGACUGUGCGAGGAUGAUAGCGGAGGCGUUAGAUUGAAAACGCCACCCGUUCACGAGGCCCUUGUUCUUGCGAACCCACGAGCUAGCCGUGAAACCUGGGAAUUGAUGGAAACGCUCGACGAACAAAUUGAGCUACUAUGGAUUCUUCCCGGAAAACCAAGCCAGGAUUUAUCCGACAGGUCGAUGCUAGUGGAAGUGAGGAAGCAACGUGCUUGGCGCAGACCCGCAAAUUCAUCUAACACGAUCUUCAAAUCGUCUAGCCAUCUCGUCUGUAUCUCGUCUUCAAUUGUCUAUAUGACUAACGUAAUUGUGGCUUAGAUUCCUCAGGAGUUUCCAGAAGAGCUUGGUAUGUUGACAUAAAGGACUAAUCGUUUGCCAUCUAAGUGUUCACACAGCACGAGUCAUCGCCGACUUUCUGGACAGAAAAUACCUUAUUUCCUCAGGGAAAUCCAAGCUCUAGAAUCGUGUAUAAGAACGAGCCGGAAACUUUAGGAACCAUCACGGUACUUAA